AUGAAAUCGGGAUCAGGAGAUGCUGUGAGACGUACAAUUCUUGUCGUACCCGAGGGUGUAGAAUCAGGGACUAACGUGGGAAGAGAGCUGUGCAUUCCCGAAAUGGAAAGCGACACUUCUCCCUUUUCGAUCAGUGUCCACACAAUCCAGGCUCAGGAUGACACCAUUGAAUGCACUCAGCCAAAGACGACCAUAUGUGUACGCUUAUCUGAACACGCUGUUAACACCAGGGACCCUUUGUCCGAAGACACGAUUCUCCUUACCUUCGAGUCCCCCACCGGAUGGAAACAGAACUGCGCAGACUUGGCACAUCUGUCAUAUCCUGGUCUGAGCCAUGCUGAAUGCGAUGCAAAGAAGCAGAAGUUGUUUGUCCACUAUGAUCCAUUCACAGAAGUUGAAGCCGAGUAUUUCGAUGGACGUGAUAAGCUGGUGCGAUGUAUCAGCCGAACGCUCAUCCAAACGACGUUUGUCGAGCCUCUGAUACCUUCUGUGAUACGCGUGCAAUAUGAAAACGCUCCGCAGGAGAAGACAGAAGUCCACUUUAAGUUAAACACCUGCAAACGAUACUGGGAAUCCCGAGUUGGGCUUUGA